CAGAUGCAUUGUUAGAUCACGUGAGUACUGAGUAGUUACGACAGGUCUGCCGUGCUGCAGUGUUGGGACCAACUGUGUUUGUUGAAGGUUUAAAGUUGUAGGAUGGGGGACUGCAGUGACCUUGACAGACAAAUUGAGCAACUAAGACGAUGUGAAAUAAUCAAAGAAAGUGAAGUAAAAGCUCUUUGUACAAAAGCCAGAGAGAUUUUAGUAGAAGAAAGUAACGUCCAACGUGUUGACUCGCCAGUAACGGUGUGUGGAGACAUCCAUGGACAAUUUUAUGAUUUGAAAGAACUGUUUAAAGUUGGUGGAGAUGUACCUGAAACAAACUACCUGUUUAUGGGAGAUUUUGUUGACAGAGGAUUUUAUAGUGUUGAGACUUUUCUUCUUUUAUUAGCUCUUAAGGUUAGGUACCCUGAUAGGAUAACCCUCAUCAGAGGCAACCAUGAAAGUCGACAGAUUACCCAGGUGUAUGGGUUUUACGACGAGUGUUUACGGAAGUAUGGGUCUAUCACAGUUUGGAGAUACUGCACUGAAAUAUUUGAUUACUUGAGUCUGUCUGCUAUCAUCGAUGGGAAAAUAUUCUGUGUUCAUGGAGGUCUGUCCCCUUCAAUUACCACUUUGGAUCAGAUUCGAACAAUAGAUCGAAAACAAGAAGUACCACAUGAUGGCCCCAUGUGUGACCUCCUGUGGUCUGACCCUGAAGAUACACAAGGUUGGGGAGUAAGUCCUCGAGGUGCAGGCUACCUGUUUGGAAGUGAUGUUGUUAAUCAGUUUAAUGCUAAUAACAACAUUGAUAUGAUCUGCAGGGCACAUCAGUUAGUAAUGGAAGGAUACAAGUGGCACUUUAAUGAAACUGUUCUGACUGUCUGGUCAGCACCUAAUUAUUGUUACAGGUGUGGUAAUGUUGCAGCAAUCUUAGAAUUAGAUGAAAACCUUCAACGAGAAUUUACAAUAUUUGAAGCAGCACCUCAGGAAAGUCGAGGAAUUCCCACAAAAAAACCACAACCUGACUAUUUUCUUUAAUUAAACUAAAAACAUGGUGUAAGGUUUGGAUCUUGACAGUGCUCAUGAUGGACUUUAAAUCCUAGUAUUAAGAAGUGGAAGAAAUUUGCCAAAUACAAAGUGUGUUGAAGCCUUACAGAACUUGUUUCAUUAAGGUUACAUUCAGAUUCCCUUCUGUGAAGACUUGUACAAAAUAGGACCAGUUAACUCGUUUUUCUGUGUGUGUGAUGAAAGGGAGAAAUUGCCAAAAUGUUAUGUACUGUAUAGCAGUAUUUUUAUUGUGGUUAAGUCCUAUUGUAUUUUGAUUUGUAAGAAACUCAAUAAUGUAUUAAGUCUGACCAUAGAACAAUUGAAUACUGUCAUCAGACUUGGCAUUUCAACUUUUAUUUGUAUAGUAUAGAAAUAAACUUUCAUGUAUUAACAUGUGA